GGCGAAGGAACGACUUCGUGCUUGUUUUUGUUGCCUUUAAACGUCGUAUUUGUGGAGCUAAGCGGCUUUCUCGCUCACGUCAGCAGCUUAGCAUCUCGGCUAGCCCGUAGCCGGACAACCGCCGCGGGGCGACGAGCGCUUCGGCUCGGCCACUUUUUCCUCGCUGCGUCGCCCACCGCCACGGAGCCUCCCGGUCGCUUUUCAUGCGAGCACUGGAGUUCGCUCGGAUAUUUUGAUGGGAGGCGGCUGGCCGCCGGGUGGACAUUGCGGGCAGCACUUGCGAGCGAAGCGGGGGCGGAGGAGGCUGCGGCUGCGGCUGCGGCUGCCGCGACGGCGACGGCGACGGCGGCGGCGACGACGACGUGUCGGGCCCGCAUGGAGUCCCUGGCCGGCUACGUGCACAAGGCGGCCGGCGAGGGUCGCGUCCUGACGCUGGCCGCGCUGCUGUUCAACCACAGCGAGGCCGAGACGAGAUUCCUGCUGGCCUUCGUCAGCCAACAGGGGGGCCAGAGGUUCACGCCGCUCAUCAUCGCCGCCCGCAACGGCCACGACAAAGUGGUCCGCCUGCUGCUCGACCACUACCGGGUGGACACGGAGCAGACCGGCACCGCGCGCUUCGACGGCUACGUGAUCGACGGGGCGACGGCCCUUUGGUGCGCGGCGGGUGCCGGCCACUUUGAUGUGGUGCGCCUGCUGGUGGCUCACGGCGGCAACGUCAACCACACCACCCUCACCGGCUCCACGCCGCUGCGGGCGGCCUGCUUCGACGGGCGCCUGGACAUCGUGCGCUUCCUGGUGGAGCGCGGCGCCGACAUCGGCAUCACCAAUAAGUACCACAACACCUGCCUCAUGAUCGCCGCCUACAAGGGCCACGGCGACGUGGUGGGCUUCCUGCUGGAGCGCGGUGCUGACCCCGACGCCAGGGCGCACUGCGGCGCCACCGCCCUGCACUUCGCCGCCGACGCCGGCCACCUGGCCGUCGUGGCGGAGCUGGUGCGACAGCGCGCCGUGCUGGCGGCCAACGGGCACGGCAUGACGCCGCUGAAGGUGGCGGCGGAGAGCUGCAAGGCGGACGUGGUGGAGCUGCUGCUGGCGCACGCCGACUGCGAGCCGGCGUGCCGCGUCGAGGCGCUGGAGCUGCUGGGCGCUUCCUUCGCCAACGACCGCGAGAACUACGACAUCCACAAGACCUACCGCUACCUGCGCGCCGCCAUGGACGAGCGCAGCCGCCACCCCGGUGCCGUGCCGGCCAAAGAGCCGCUGGCACCAGUGGAGGCGUACGGCGGGCGGCGCGAGUGCUGCACGCCGGACGAGCUGGAGGCCAUCCGGUCCGACCGCGACUCGCUACACAUGGAGGGCCUGAUGAUCCGCGAGCGCAUCCUGGGCGCCGACAGCGCCGACGUGUCGCACCCGGUCAUCUACCGCGGCGCCGUCUACGCCGACAACAUGGAGUUCGAGCGCUGCAUCAAGCUGUGGCUGCACGCGCUGCGCUUGCGCCAGCGCGGAAACCGCAACACGCACAAGGACCUGCUGCGCUUCGCGCAAGUCUUCUCGCAGAUGCUGCACCUGAAGGAGCGGCUGCCCGCCCACGCGGUGGAGCAGGUCCUGGGCUGCAGCGCGCUGGAGAUCAGCCGUAGCAUGGCGCGCGCCCAGGCGGCGCCCGAGGGCGAGCUGGCGCAGGCGGCCGACAACUACGAGUCCAACGUCUUCACCUUCCUGUACCUGGCCUGUAUCGCCACCAAGACGGCGUGCGGCGGCGGCGACGACGAGCAGCGCGCCCGCAUCAACAAGCACGUGUACGACGUGGUCCGGCUGGACCCGCGGGCCCGCGACGGCGCCAGCCUGCUGCACCUGGCCAUCAGCUCCAGCACACCCGUAGACGACUUCCACACCAACGACGUGUGCGGCUUCCCCAACGCGCAGGUGACCAAGCUGCUGCUGGACUGCGGCGCCCGUGUGGACGCGGUAGACCACGAAGGCAACACGCCGCUGCACGUCAUCGUGCAGUACAACCGACCCAUCAGCGACUUUCUGACGCUGCACGCCAUCAUCAUCGGCCUGGUGGAGGCGGGCGCGCACACGGACCGCACCAACAAGCAGAAGAAGACGCCGCUGGACAAGAGCACCACCGGCGUGUCCGAGAUCCUCCUCAAGACGCAGAUGAAGAUGAGCCUCAAGUGCCUGGCGGCGCGCGCCGUGCGACGCCACCGCAUCACCUACCGCAAGCAGAUACCCGCCAGCCUCGAGGAGUUCGUCGAGUUCCACUGACCGAUGGCCACGUCCCUUUUUUUGCUUUUUAACUCCCUUUUUUAGGACACGUUCAAAUCGCUCCAGAACUCUAUUUAUUUUUAUUAACAACUCCUUACUACUAGCGCCCGACCAGUUAAUCGUCCGGCCAAUUUAAUCGGCCAAUAUUAAUUAGCCCUUUUCAAACAAAUGAAAACGUAAAAUGCUGCUUUUUUUGAAUACACGUUAGCACAUUGCAACAUAAUACGGAGAUAAUGACAUUCAAAAAAACAUUCCCCCCUAAAAUGGACCAGAAAAAAAGCUGAUUUUUGCCAACUUCUCUUAUGUAAAUUGAAACAAAAUCCCAAAGAACAAAGGAUUGUAAAGCAGUCAAAUGUUCUGCCUGUGAUUCAUAUCUUUUUGUUGUUGUUGCAAGUGACGCAAAAAGAGCUCAUUUUAUUCAUGAUAUAUUUUCUAAAUUAGUGAGCCGUUUAAUCGGUUAUCGACAUUUUAUUCUGCCAGAUAUCUGCGUUGGCAUCAGCCUAAAAAAAAUACAUAUCGGUCGGGCCCUACUCCUUACUGCAUCACAUGCUAUGCUAGCGUGCUAACGAUAGAGUACCGAUAUGGAUACUACAAGUACUUAGAAUACGUACUGUACAAUUUCAGUGAACGCAAAGAAAGAUAAUUGUUUCUUUCUGACACGUGAUUUGCCGAUGUGUCAAACGGCUGCAGUUUAGUGCCAACUACAGGCGAGGAGGACUUACGCGAUGUCAACUUCUAUAGCCCAGUGGCUGGUAUCUGCAGCCUUCACGAGUACCCGAUACAUCGGAAUAAGGCCGGUCUCGGCCCGAUACGAUACCUGGUAUCGGUACUCGCCCGUCCCUAGUUUUAACAGUCUGAAUGAUUCUAUUGUAAAAGCUUCCUUUAAGCGGGCGGGUGACCUUUUUCCAAGCAAUACUUGUUGACUUUUUAAUGAAUGUUAGCCAGCAGGCUAACGUAGCAUGUGGCAAACGUUCACGCCACUCAGUGAACCCCGCACACAAGGACCCGGUCUCAUUAACACGCAACAGGAAAUGUGUGCCUGAACUUUUAUUUUGUAUUUAGUAUUGACAAGCUGAUUGUGUGACUUUUAAUUGAAUAGAUGAUUUAAAAAAAAAAAAAAAAAAAAAAAAUGUUCAGCUCCGCUAAACAAAGUGCCUCAAAACUGUUGUUGGUGUUUUGCAUGACAUAAAAUACACGACGAUAGCAGCGAAGACGAAUACAGCGACGAUGACGAGCACGGCGACGACGACUGCGAGGACGACAGCAGCAGUGACGAAGACUGCAAGAACGCGAUGACCGUAACGACGAUAGUGGAGGUGCAACAGUUAAUUGAUUAUCAUAUUAAUAGACAAAUACAUGCUGAUAAUUGUUUCAAGACCUUGUUUAACUUGAGUGUCCAAAUCCUGGGAAUUUCGGCCUCUCAACAGUAAAUAUUUUUAUUUCUGUCGUCCUCCAUGAAAGCAGACCGGUUAUCUUUGUGUGUUUUCAAAAUAAGUCAUUUGCAAUCAUCUGCUUUUACUUAGGAAAGGAAUGAUCAACAUUUUUGCGGAGUUUCUGUAAGAUGCUAUGGAAAUGGAAGGGGUGGAAGUUUUAAGAAAAUGGUCCUCUUAUCAUCCGGUUUAUCAAUUAAUCCAAAAGUAAUUGACAGAUUAAUCAAUGAAGCUAAUUGAUGAUUGCAGCCCUACACGAUAGCGACAUGUUUUAGUUAUAAAAUAUAAAGGCAACAUUUGACAAAGAUAGCAACAAUACCAACAUGACGUCGGCAAAAGCAACAGCGACAAUAACAAGGAAAGCAAACGACGACAACGGCGCCGUCCGCUACAAUAACAUCAACAGCUGUGACAAUAACAUGUUUUGUUUGGAAAAUUCUAAAACAAACAAACAUGUAAAACUCAAUAAAGGGAAGAGUGAGGCUACAGGGAGAAGAGAUAGCAAGGGUGGAGGACUUUAGAUACUUGGGGUCAGCCGGUCCUUUUCUUCCCCUUUUUAUUAAAGAAAAAAAAUAGCAUUGAACAGUAUAUACUAUAUAUAUAUAUAUAUGCAACAAACAUUGAGAACAUUCAGUAUAUCAACAGUAUAUAAAAAAGGCGUAAAAAAACAAAUGCUGGGGCUUGCAACUUUGUUCAAAUAAUUUAGUGUUUACAAAUAUUUGUAGUUUUUCGAGCCUUUUUCUUCCUAAAGUCUUUGUUAAGGUGUGUAAAUGUAUGUUUCUCAUUGUCAUAUUUACCUUUAUGAAUAUAAAAUGUCACCCUUAUGAAAAAUACAUAUUUAACAUGCUUUCUAAAAUAUAUUUCUCUAUAUUUUCCUAUUUUAAAGAGGAAAGUCUUUGUAAAGAAGCAUCAUGACAAAUUCGUUCAAGGGACGAAGGCGCGCUCAACUCCCCCUCGGUGCUUUCCGCACACCAAAAAGUCAUUUCCUUAUUGUCCCUUUUGGAAUCAUGGAAUAGUUGUUGUCCUAUUUGAAAAGUCACUCGAUUCCAAACGGCGUCUUCCGGAACCGUGCAACCAACCUUCUUGUUACAGUUUUGACAUUGAGCCAAACCGACACGGCCAAUGGCUGUUCCCGACGACUGGCCGGCCAAUAGCGGUUUGGCAUCACUAAGUACGGCGGAAUGUUUUGGCGGGAGUGGAAAUUUAUGGCAGCACUUUGCUCAGCCGCCAGGGGGCCUGGGUGAGCGCUCCCGGUGGCCAUCUUUGUGGAAGUCACUGGAGGCCAGGAUGUCCCCUCAAGCUCCGCCCCCUCUACCCAAAGAACGGCGACAUCGUCGAUGACGUCGUCGCGCGCUGCGGCCGCCGUCUUCCCGCCGCGUCGUCACAAAACGUCCGCCGGCUUCCCGUUGGCUGCUGCUGGCUCCUCCUGCGCCAGACUCCGCCUCUUCCUAGAGAAGAAGCCCAGCUGCGCGCACACAUUAGUUGUGUGUGUGUGUGUGUGUGUGUGUGUGUACAGAUAAGAGUUUGUCAAUGUAAGUGUGUGUGUGUGUGUGUACACGCACCCUCCACAGCGUGAGCACGAUAAUGGCCAGCGCGAGGAAUCCUGCAGCUGAACUUCCCAAAAUGACAAUCAGCAAGAUGGCGCCGGACUUGUGCUCCUUCUUCAGCUCCACGAACGUCUGCGCAUGACCUCCGGCCACAUGGGGGCGCCGUGACACACGCGCACACGCACUCACAUUAGCGGCGGUGGCGCUGUCAUGGUGUGAUUAUCACUUUUGUUGAUGCCGCUGUUGUUGUGCCCAUUGUUCUCGUCGAUCAACUUUUCAAGCUUUUAUUUUAUUUUUUUUCUCCUUUUUUAACAAAUUUGCUGCAUGUUAAACAUCACGCGAGCAGAACCAGACAACGGGUCUGCCGACUGGUGUGUAUGCUUCGCUAACGAGCGUGACUACACGUCGAUGACGUGAUCGUUUGAAGCCGAACUUGCUAAACUGUUGUUGACUUUCUAGCGGUGUCUUUGGCCGAAAGUGAAGUAGAGCGGAGCCCUGCGUGCUCGCGCUUUGUCACGCGCAGGUUCGCACAUUGGCGGACAUUUUGUGGUUAAAAGCAAAAUAAUAUAAUUUUUUUCCAUGCAUCAAUUAUCCACGGGUUUUUGGCCCGCUCCACUGUACAUGUUGUUGAUAGAAAUAUAUGUUAAAAACGCAAACGAAGUCUAAA